GCUCUGGGCAGGCCGGCUCUCCCACCACGCGGUGCCGGUCCCCAGUCUGACCGCCGACCGCCCGUCGAACCAGGGGGGCCGGUGUGACGCCAGAGGGGCCAGUGUGACGCGCUCGCGGCGUAUCGUGGCGCACCGGGAGUGCAUCGCUCUCGGGGCCGACCGUCGGACACCAGCCAGUGGCGCGCGGUGUGGGCGACGGUCAAGUGUGCGCUGGCGACGCGUUAGGAGUCGAGGCGAAUCAGGACCGAAUCCAGGAGCGGGACCUGCACCGAGAUCAGGAGCAGCGGUGGAGCUAGCGCCGACGCAGCACCAGCGGGACUGGGACCAGGGAGCGGCUCGGGACUAGGAGCAGCAGGACCAGGAGCCGCAGCGACAGUGAACAGGGUCCGCAGCUUCAGGCUCAGCAGCAGCAGCAGGAUCGGGACCAGGACCGGGAGCCGGACGACAGGGCGACAUGAACGGCACCAGGAGCCGCGAGCAGCGUGAGCAGAAGCCCAGCCGCGGCAGGGUCGUCGGCAGGGUUCGUCGCCGUGUGGUUGGAAACAAGUAUGAGCAUCUGUACAAGAUCCUCAUCAUCGGCGAGCUGGGCACCGGCAAGACGUCCAUCAUCAAGCGCUAUGUACACCAGUUCUUCUCGGCUCACUACCGAGCCACCAUCGGGGUCGACUUCGCGCUCAAGGUGCUCCACUGGGACUCCAACACCAUCGUGCGGCUGCAGCUGUGGGACAUUGCCGGUCAGGAGAGGUUUGGCUCAAUGACGCGUGUGUACUACAAGGAAGCGGUGGCGGCCUUCAUCGUGUUUGACGUCACGCGGUCCGUGACCUUCGACGCCGUCAUGAAGUGGAAGAACGACCUCGACGAGAAGGUUCAGCUGCCCAACGGUGACCCCGUGCCCUGCGUGCUGCUGGGAAACAAGUGUGACCUUCCGAAGGAGGGGCUGGCGGCCAGCCCUGACAAGGUCGCCGAGUGGGCACAGCAGCACGGCUUCGCCGGCUGGUUUCAGACCUCAGCCAAGGAGAACAACGGCAUCGAGGAGGCAGCCCGCUUUCUCGUCAGCAAGAUUCUGGCGCACGAGAAGAGCGGCAACCUGGGCGGGGAGGGGGACGACCCUGACGUGAUGGCCGUGCAGGACGGCGCCAGCUCCAACGGGAGCUGCAGCUGCUAGGGCCGACCUCAGCCGCUAGGGCCGCCCUAGCCUCGCCGGCGUCGGCGGUAACGCGGCGCCAGACCUCGUGGCCAGCCAGCGGGCUCAGCGCCGCUGGACGCAGGUGGCGGCACUGUCGCUCGCUCAACGCUGGCAGACACCAGCUGCCAGCAGGUGGCGCCAAGGUCGACCACAGAUGGGACCGCCCGCAGCUGCAGGUGGCACGAUUUUGCGGGUGGCAUCCAAAGGUGUCACCGUCAAGUGCGGAGCCGGCUGCAGUGACGGCGCUGCCGCGGUGCCUCUGUUCACUGUCUGUUGCGUAGCUGCCCACUCACCUCCCACGGGCCUGUUGCCAGUGGGCGGACGCCGCUGGUGCGCCUACCCUGACGGCAGCCAAACCAACUGCGUCUGUACGGGUGCCAGAGAGCUACAGGUGCUGGCCUGUGCGGGGAGAGUUCGGGA